GGCUUGAGUCCUAUAGGUGAAGAUUUUUCUGUUGUGGGAGCACAGGGCAUGCUUCAGGAGGAGCAGGAUCUUGUCAACAUGAUGCCAGCUUCGGCAACUCUUGGUUUUAAUGGGCAGGUUCAUGUUCCACUAAACUUUCCUUCGAGUCAUUUACCUCUUCCACUCUCACCUUCAAUUCUGGCAUCAAUGGGAUAUUCUCAGAGAAAAUUGGGGGGAAUGGUUCCCACAAGCAUCCCCUUAAUUGAGACUCCCUGGGGGCCAAAUAUGCCCUUUCCCCCAGGUUUGGUUCCACCACCAUUAAGUCAUUAUUUCCCUGGUGUCACUUUGGGCUCUAAUCCAGAAGAUCAAAUUGAACAUAGUAAUGACAAUUUUGGCUCUGCUGAAAUGAACACAGAGGAGGUUGAACAAGAUUUUUGGCAUGAACAAGAAAGGGUCUCCCCUGGUAGUUUUGAUCUUGAAAACGGCAGUUUUGACAUGAUUCAGAAUGAUGAAAAGCAGCAAUCAACUUCAGCGGGUUAUAACUUUGUUCCUUCAUCUCAGGUUGGUGUUACUGGCAGUUCUAUGAGAGUGCAACAGAAGUUCAAAGAAGUGCAAUCAACUAGAGAAGACCAUGGAGAUACUUUUCAAUACCAAGACAACAGAGCUAACGAGGUAUUUUUAGAUGAGAGAAUGGGGAGUUCAAGGUCCACUACUGCUUUGCAUUCUAAUUCUCUAAGAAGUAAAACUUCGUCAGAAAGCUCUUGGGAAGGAUCCACGGCAAAGGUCUCAAAGUCAAAUAGGGAAAAACGUGGUAGGAAAACUGCUUCUUCUGGAGUAGCCCCUGCUGUGCAGGGUAAAGGUAAAAGCAUGUCCGAACAUUUGCCCUCUCAGACAGAUGAAGACAACAGAGAUUUGAAUCCAUCAUCAGGUAACGAAAUGGCAGAAAGGGGAACAGGACCUCAACCUGUUGCAUCUUUGCAUUUUCAAAGGCAUCAACUACCUGGACUUGAACCGGCUCAGACAAGUGGAUCAGAUUCACUGAUACCCAUUGCUCCAGUGUUCUUAGAUCCUGGUUCACAGCAAAGAGCUGUGGAUAAUUCAGGCGUUGUUCCUCUAACAUUUUAUGCAACUGGGCCGCCCAUUCCGUAUUUUGUGCUUCCAGUGUACAACUUCCAAGCUGACGCAGGAAACUCAGAUGCAUCAACCAGUCAUUUUUCUGGUGAUGACAGGUUGGAGAAUAAUGAUUCUGGUCAAAAUUUUGAAUUAUCGGAAGGAAUUGAUCAGUCCGAGGUGUUUGCUGCUAAUUUGGCAAGAAGAGCUGUUGCUGUUGAGCCACCAGAGCACAAACCUGACAUCCUUAACAGUGAUUUUGCUAGCCAUUGGCAGAAUUUGCAAUAUGGUCGUUUUUGCCAAAACUCAAGAUAUCCUGCACCCUUGAUUUAUCCUUCACCGGUUGUAGUUCCACCAGUUUAUUUACAGGGUCGUGUUCCAUGGGACGGUCCUGGAAGACCUAUUUCAGCGAACAUGAACCUCUUCUCUCAGCUUAUGGGCUAUGGGCCUCGACUUGUGCCAUUUGCUCCUCUCCAGUCAGUUUCUAAUAGACCACCCAAUAUUUUUCAACGAUAUGUCGACGACAUGCCUAGAUAUCGUAGUGGGACUGGAACCUACCUGCCAAAUCCUGUAAGAUGCAUCUUAUCAUGUGUAUUCUCUUUUUUCCUCUGUUAAUUAUCAUCAUAACUUUCAUAUUUUUCUUGCAUCCCUUAUAAGGGGUUCAAGUUCUUUUUCUCCAGUUAGUGUUCCUUGCCUGUUUGGUGUUGAAUAAUCUCUAGGGUGUUUCUUCUCAUGAGCAUAUGCUCUUUUCCUUUUGUAAUUUUCUUCGUUAGUUUACUCAUUUGUCUUGAAUUUCAUAAUAAGAAGGAUUCAAAUUAUUUUUCUCUGUUUGUUAGUGUUUGCCUGUUUACUUGUGCCCCUGCUUUAGUUCAUCAGCUGGACAAUUAUUUCCCACAAUUGUUCCACAAUCGUUCAUUUGUCUUUGUAUCUGGUGCAUUUAAGUGCAUCAUUGAGUAAAUGCCUCCAGGCACAAUCCUUUAUUUUUCUUUGUAUCUGGUGCAUUUAAGUGCAUCGUUGAGUGAAUACUACCUUCAGGCACAGGCUUGAUGCAACAGAAAUGUUCUCCGAUAUGUUUUUAUUGAUACAAUGAUUCAUGAGUUGCUAGUGUAAAGAACCUGUCUCGCAACGGUUAUUCUUUUGUAAUAUAGAGUUUUCACCUAACAUUAUAUCUCACAAACUGCAAAUGUAAUUUUUUUUUUGUUAGUCCUGAUGACUUGCGGUAGUCAUGUGAUGAUCUAAUGGUAUGCAUGUUUAUCUGAGGUAUACUAAUUUCAGACUGUGGUUCACAUGUUUUGAACAUGUGACCAACGGAACAAUUAUAUUUUCUUUGAUGGGUGUCUUGUCAUAACUAUUUCCCACCUUAACCAAAAAAAAAAAGAAAUGUUUUAUGAAAGAUUUCCUCCAUUUAGUUUAUGUUUGUCAAACAAUACAAUUGAACUGUCUGCUCUUUGGUUCUUCUGAAUAAAAUUUUGGUUUGUAUUAGUGGCUAUUAGUCUUCAAGUUUUUCCUUUUUUGGCAAAAACCACUCCCCCUC